GCAUGGCCACAAUCAGACAUGUAUAUGCAUUCAAUCACAUGUAUAUGGGUCACUUUGCCUCACAUUAUCAGCAAAAAAACAUUUUUCAGAACCCAAUCAACAUAUCCUGUCAAUCCUGUCAGGCUGCUGACCCAUAUAAUAUGCAUCUCAGUGCACUGCUGGUGUACAGAUUUGUUAUUCAGAAGUCCUCUGAUGUGUACUAUAUGUGGGAGAAACGUGAGCACGUGGGAGGGCACAGAAUUAAGUGUCCAAUUAAACAUAUAGUGAAACAGAAGAAGAUCUAAUGAACAGCCUUCUAGCCCAACUUUCAGAUUACAUGUGAAAAAAAAAGCUGAUGAACUGAUAUCGCAAAAAGACAUGCAUUGCAGGUUGGUCUUCACUGUCUGUGAGUUCAAUGAUCUCAAGAUGACUAUCUAUAGUAUUCUAGAUUUGUCUCUAUCUACGUCAAGAUCAGGAAGUUCGAGGCUUUCUUACCAGCCCAUAUAAAUAGAAGAUUAGACACAGGGCUCAGACACUUGCUGGACCAGCUCUGAAGAGUCAUCAGGGAACUUACAUUUUUAUUCUGAAGAUGCAGCUCUCAUCGGUUUUCAGAGCUGUGCUGCUGCUUUACCUGCUUGCCCUGUUAUUAAAUAGUGCUUUUUCUGAGAAAAAGUCUAAAAGAAAAAGAAAAUCGUUGAGUCAAAAGAAAAGAAAGUGGGUAAUCUUGGAUCCAUCUCUGAACCUCUCAGUGAAUGUCCCCCCGUCUCCAAGCAGAUCUUUGUCACCAUGGACAUAUGAAGAAUCCUAUGACAGUUCACGAAUCCCAUCCAAAAUCUCUGAGGCAAAAUGUGAAAAAACAGGCUGUUUAACCAAAGAUGGAGAGGAAGACUUGGGACUGGAAUCUAAACCCAUCUACUACCAGAUCAACGUCUUCAGGAGAGUGAAGACAAAAAAGGCUACGCACUACACCCUUCAGUGGGAGACUAAAAUAAUUAGUCUAGGCUGUACAUGCGUCCAACCCGUCGUUGUGCGUCAGAAUUAGUUCUGUACUCUUAUUUUGUUGUAUUAAUCUGCUUAUAGGUACAUAAAACAUCUGUGACGCUCU